CAUUCCCCAUGCAAACUACGCCCCUCUCUUCAUUUGUAAUAUCAUCCCUUCAAUAUUCCAAAACCACCUUUUCUUCCUAGUCUCCUCCCCACCCCGCCGCUCCCCAUACACCCAUGGAGGAGCGGGCCUCAUUGCCGCCACCACCUCCUCCACAAGGUUAUUCCGACAACGAUGACAAUUCAAAACCUAAAUUACCUGAUAUUGGUCCCGGCACAUAUGUUGUCCAAGUUCCUAAGGACCAAAUCUACCGCGUUCCACCACCGGAAAAUGCUCGUAUUGCGGAGCUUCAUCGAAGUUCUCCGGCUAAGGAGACAAAUCGGUCACAUUGUUGGUGUUUUGUGUUCAUCAUAAUCUUCCUCGUUGUUGUGAUUAUUAUUGGAGGCCUUCUAGGUGGCCUUUUCUCCAUUGUACUUACACCAAAGGACCCAAGAUUUUCAAUCCAACACUUUCUCUUACAUAGCAAGCCCCAUCCACAAUACAAAAUUACUUUAGAAGUCCACAAUCCAAAUUCAAAUGUGGGAAUUUUGUAUAAAGAAGGAGGAGACGUAUCCCUUUCUUUAAAACGACAAAAAAUUGCUUCAAGUGCCUAUCCAACUUUCUCUCAAGACCGUCAUAAUUCAACGGAAUUUGAGAUAACAUUAAAAAGUUCAACAUCUAAAUUGCCUAAGGAGGUGGAAGAAAGCAUGACAAAUGAUAAAAAAAGAGUGCAUGUUACAUUUUCCUUAUCAAUUCAUGUCCAAGCAAAAAUGAAAUUGGGCUUGUUGCAUAGUGGGUCAAUGAAAUACGAUGUUUCGUGCCAAGUAAAGGUGGAUACAUUGGCACAAAGCACUCAUGUAGUUUCUCAACAAUGUCAAACUAAACGACAUUAGUUGUUGUAGCAAUUGUAGCUUCCUCGUCAUCUCGACAUUUUGAGAUUCAGGUGUUGUAAAUUUUUUAUUUUUUUCUUCUCUUUGAUAAUAAUUUGAUUAAUCUUUACAUAAGAUAUUUUUAGUGAUCGUAAAAA